GGAAUGAAAACCAGCCUAGUCUGCAUUUUUUCCAAAAGAGAUGCUACCAUGUUGGAGCCAGACGACAUCCGGGAGCAGUGAUUGGCUGAUUGAGAGGUCUGAGUUUCUAUGGAAACCACUCGCACCAAUCAGUGCUUGUUGGAAGGCCACGCCCCUACCAUUUGAAAUUGGGCGGCGACACAUUCUGUCAAUCCAACGUUUUAAAUGUUGGACAUGGGGGGCCAGUGGCUCCACCCACUUUCAUUGAGGCAUGUGAUUGGUCAGUUUAUAACUUGAAUAAUUUUAACUACAGAAAAAAGAGGAUUAUCAGUCAGAUGUUAAAAGGCCUCAGAGUCAGAGUGUUGAUUCUGACCAAUGGAAUGACAGCAACAGCUGGUCAUUUCUACAUAGAAGUCGAUUUUGGCUUCUUGGAGCCACUUCCUGUUUGGAAUGCCGGGGGGGCGGGAUAGCCUGUCCAGUUCUCAGAUACAGUGAAUGGUGUAGAUCCACCAGGAAUGAGAGCAGAAGGGCUUGUGGGGGCGUGGCUCCAUCUUGUUUAAAAUUUGUGUUUUUUUUUAAUUGGGGGGGGGGGACUGACUCACACCUUUAGACAAACCGUAUUCUGAGUGAUGUGGAUCUGGAUCUCGGCAUGAGUCUGAGUCCGAGUGCAGAACACCCAGAUCCGAGCGGACUCACCAACCAGACUCUGACGGUUAGAGUUUCCUGUUGGUCAAAACAGGAACAGCAAAGUAGCAUCGUCCAGUCAAAGACUCGCUCCCACGUUAGUGAAUCUGAGGAAAUGAAAGGUCAGACAGGAACGUGAGGAUGAGCAUCAGACCUGUAAGUAGAUAGAACAUGUCCUCACAUCAAUCUACUGAUCAAACUACAGAUCAAACUACAGAUCAGUCUCUUGGUUAAAUAUUGAAACCAGCAGAUCUCUAAAGGCUUUUGGAAAUGUUCAAACUCCGUUUCCUGUGCCCAUGUUUCACUCUCUGCUGCUUCAGUGAAGACAGUUAUUGCUAGAUCCUGACAGAGCGUUCAGAGCAGGUGAGGACAGACCUCCAGGUCUGCGUGGAUCUGUCUGUGGUUUGUCCGUCUCAGUCCAGUCUGUCGUCGUCCUGCUUUAGAUGUCAGCUGAUCCAAGUUUAUCUUUUUUCUUCCAGUUUUGUGGCUUCGACCAGCAGCAAAGUGAUUUCUGUCAGAGAAUAACAUUUCUAUCUUCUCCUUUGUCUUCUGACCCGCUCUGAUGUUGGACGGCAUCGUGGCCCCGCCCACACCUUCUCUGUCACAUAAAAACCCGCCGCCGCCGCCUUUAACUCUGACGACAACCUGGAUCGAUGAUGACGAUGAAGCGAGCAGAGAUUCCACCACGGCCGCCGCCUCCCCCAUUCCUAAAAUCGUCACCACGCCCAUCAAAGAGGACUUCAGCCGGGAGGAGGACCUCUGGGACCCGAAGCCGCAGCAGAACCCGGUCCAGGAGUCCACGCCCCCCAAGCCCGUGCAGAGUGUCGCCCCCCAGUCUCGAGACCCCCCCAGCUUCUCCUCGUGGGACUCGGGAACGGACAACCUGGUGGACCUGUGGGACGGAGGCUCCGCCCCCAAAGCCAGCCCGGCCCAGUCCUCCAAUCUGGUGGACCUGAUGGGGGACGCCGAGGUUCUCCAUGGCGACGCCCCCCCCAGCACGGCGGCGGCGAGCGGCCGGCCCCAGCCCCUCCUCAGCUUUGACGAGGUGGUGGACGGCAGCUUCUACUCGGGCGCCGGCGCCGAGGACGACCCGUCCAGCCUGGUGGACGUCACGGGCUCAGACCAGAUGACCCUCAGCUACCAGCACGCCCUGCAGCACGCGUCGGGGGAGGGGCCAGAGCUGGAGGACGCCCAGCUGCUGAUGACCAACGGCGAGGCGCUGCUGAAGGAGGGGACUCAGGCCAGCGAGGGAUAUUUCAGCCAAUCACAGGAGGAGGAGUUCGGCCAAUCAGAGGAGUCCUCAGCCAAACCAGCGCCCGUCUUUUAUAACAGGCCUCCAGAGAUCGACAUCACCUGCUGGGACACGGACCCCGUGGUCGACGAGGACGACGACUGACCGGCCUUUGACCUCCCAUCAUCCGGCAGGAGGAAGCUGCUCGCCAAGAUUUCCUUUUUCUAAGAAAACAAACGCAAACAAACAAAAAAAGUAGUCAUAUUAUUCUCAAUACUACCAACAAUAAGUCUUGCAUCGAGUUAACUUCUGUGAUCAUUUAGAGGAGCAGCCGGCUGUAGGCUGAGAUUGGUUUGUUUUUAUUUAUUUGUUUGUUUGUUUGUUUGUUUGCUGUCACGGCAGGCGGGUUUGUUUGUGAUUGACGACACAUAAACACACUGCUGCAUAUUAGAGACGACAACGCCACACUCUAGUCUGUAGAGCUUUACUGAACUAACCAGAGGAUCCAGCCUGACCUCCUUCCUGCAUCCCUACCUGAGCAAGCUCACCUGUGCGGUCACUUCCUCCUGUAUUAAACCUCACUGUCAUGGUUAACACCUGGAAUUAUUUAUUUAUUCUGCUGUUUGCAGGCUGACGCUCCCUCACACCUGUCCCUUUUUUAACCUUUCCCCUCCUUUUGUAUGAUUUUCAGAUUAAACGUUUGUUAAUCUGGU